GCCUCUUUGAUUGAACGCGACGGCGUCAACACCUUUGAUUGAGGAUGAAGCAGCGCAAGUCGCCGCCUGUCGCUGCGCCGCCGACCGCGCCCGCCCCGAAGGCCGCGCCGAGCCUCUUGUCGCUCGGCCUCUUGCCGACGAUGAUCCCGGUGUCGGGUCUGCUUACGAUGGCGGCCACGAUGGUGUACACGUGCCAGCACCACUACAAGUGCACGGAGACGUACCCGACGCUCUCGACGGCGGCGAUGGCCCAUCCGCAGUUCUACGUCUUUGGCAUUGGCAUGAACCUCACGUCGUACUUUAUCUUCCUCACGAUCUCGCUCCUCACGACGUACAUGCAAGCGCAGCGCACGAUGACCAAGUACGCGUGGGUGUACUACGUCUGGGGUCUUCUCACGUCGGCCGGCCUCACGGUCCUCUGCACGUUCGACAUGAAGCGCUGGCGCAACACGCACAUCAUCUCGACCAUCUUCUUCUUUCUGAGCUCGUGGAUCAUGAUGAUUAUGGCCCAAAUCGCGCGCCUCCGCAUUGCGUCGCCGGCCCACGCGUACCACGUCAAGUGGGGAUCGUUCUUCAUCGGCCUAGGCGUCUUCCUGACCUCUAUGUUCGGCUUCUUCUAUGUGACCGUCCACGGCUACAUUGCCAACCCGUAUGGCCUGACGUACUCGCAGGAGGCGCUCCUCGAGCUCUUCUCGAUCGUGUGCCAGCUCUUGUACAUGGGCACCCUCUCGUCCGAAGUCGGAUCGCUCGAGUCCUUCCAGAAGCAGCGACCGUUCCUCCGCGCCAUGGACUACGGCGCCUUGGUCGUCCUCAUCGCCGCCGUCUUUGCAGUCGAGUGGCUUUAAACAUGAACGAGCACGAAGAGGCCUGCAAACGCCAA